AAGAAAAAGAAGAAUCUGGAAAAGAAGAAAAAGAAGAAAAAGAAAGAUAUAGAAAAGAAGAAAAAGAAGAAUACAGAAAAAAAGAAAAAGAAAGAUCCAGAAAAGAAGAAAUGAUAAAAAAAAAUAAG